GUCUGCGUCGAGAUUACAACGACAUCCGCCGUCUGCUAAGCGAGGCACGUGUCGUUGGAUGAGAUGGCUAUCGGCUUAUGGUGAAGAUAGAGACCAAUUUUCUCGCAUCAUCAUUCCUUUUGACAAGAUAUGUUAUGAAAGCUCUCCUGAUGGCCAUUACAAGAAUAUUGGAUCAGAAGAACUGCCAGAUUUGGUAACCCGGAUGCCGUCACAUAGGAAAUACGAGAUCGCGUAGGAAUACUGCAAUACGGUAAAAUGUCAAAUGUUUUUAUAUUGUCUCACAGUGCUAGAGUUAGUAAUAACAAUGGAUGUAGCAGCUGACAGUGAGUAGAAAAGCUGUAAUGAUAACAAAUAAAUCACCUUAAUUAAAGGAAGAAGCUGCUUGACUCCGCAUCCAAUAUUUCUACACAAGAAUGGGACUGUGAUUUCAGAGUACAAUGACAAGUUUAUGCUUUUUCCGUUAGUGCUAUAAUGGAUAAAGGGAUGAUGUAAAUUAUUGUUCAGCUUAAAUAAAGAGUAGAAAUUGAAUUUAUGGUUGACAGAUACAGAAUGUUCUGAAGUGCGUCUCUCUGGACCCUUUGUCUCUGAUGAUUUCUCAUUUCAUUUCCUUGCACGUAGAAAAUGAUGGACAUAACCAGCAAACUUCGCUUUCGGAUAAAAACGGCAAACGAGACAUUUGAAGCCAUGGUGGAUAGCUACCACACGGACGAGGACGACAUCGGGGCCUUAUAUUACGUCGUGGCUGUCGUCAUGAUUUACGGACUCUCCAUCGUUAUGAUGAUUGCGUCACAUAUACGCAAAAACAAACAAGACAGUCAGUUGAGGAGCUAUCUCAAAGAAAUGUCUAUUCUUCGCAAGAACGACAGAAGAGAACGGGUUUACAAUCGUGUAGCCAACGUUCCGUCUAGUGCUAAACCACUGCUGGGUAAAACUCGGAGUGAUCCAAAAAAUGGAGCCUUACAAGAAACUGACGAUGAAUUCAAUGAUGUGAGGAUGACGAGUAACGGCGAUGAGACCAGUGACUCAGUGUUUCAAAUGUCGUAUGAGGACACAUCGGAAGUUGUUACUUCUGUCGAAACACAGAGCAGAAAGUCUAGUAGACAAAGUAGUACCCAAUUUCAAGUCAUUGAUGAAAACGUACCUUUGUGACCCGAAUUUCUAUGUUCGAAUAUAUGUAUUCAUGUCUAAGGAUUUGAACAUGAUUUGAGAAACGUGUGUUCAGUGCGCUAUUUUACAGGAAGCUCAGACAGUUUGGAAACAAAGGGUACGUUUUGCGUCGUGAAAUGAUUAAACCAUAUUAUUAUAAAUCCAUCGAAUUGUUUAAACAUUUUUUUUGCAUCCUGUUUUUAUAUAUUGUGUAAUUUCCGUGAAUGUUUUGCAAAUUGUUACUUACAACUUUAUGUUUUAAAUCAAAAAAUCUUGGAAAGUUGAAACAAUAUGUGUAAUUGUAUCUAUCGGUCGUUGUGUAGCAACGUGUUAUCUUAUGAAAAAAACUCUCAGUUAUCACGUAAAAAAUAAACAAAUAUACUUACUAUGUAAAUUUGUUUAUUUUUUACGUGAAUACUAAGAGUAGAUGUGUAAAAUUCCAUGUGCAAGUUUACGUUUUUUUCCGUAACUUAAUCUUUAAGUGUUUUUAUGUUGUCCGUUGAUAUUGAUUUUGUUGGGUGAAGCUCGAACCCUGAAAAACUUGAAGCUCAAACUCUAGGAGUACAUGCAACUUUUCUUUUAUUCUAUAUAUGUGAGUAUCUAAAAUCACAUCAUCAAAUUGUCAUAU